CUCAGGGCCGCUGUGAGAUCAUGUUGUGUAUUGAGAAGAUUCUGAAGGGUUUAGGUGUGAGUGCCGUGUCCUGUCACAGAGACAUCUAUAAAGCUGCUCGCACAUGUCUCACUGAUCGCUCCAUGGCUGUGCGCUGCGCUGCCGCAAAGUGUCUUCUGGAGCUCCAGAGAGAGGCUGUCUUCCUGUGGUCCACAGAGCUGGAGAACGUGGCCACUCUUUGUUUCCGAGCCUUCGAGGGCUCAAACUAUGAUGUCCGAGUCGGCAUCUCAAAACUGCUUGGCACUUUAUUAGCGUCUGCACUGGAGCCCAGACAGGCCAUAGGUGGGUGGAUUUUAUUCAGCAAUCUCAGAAACAUCUUCAGAGGACACCAAGCUGAUCAUUUACCCAUGGAGAUUGUAAAAAUCAUUCCCUCCUCUCCUCGGUCACCCACAUACUGCUUUUCUUUUCCUCAAAUGUAAUGCUGAUCUUUCCCCUCCCACUCGAUUCCAUCUGUUCUAUCAUUUAUCCCCUCACACUCUCUCU